AUGGAUUCCAAAGUGAGCAAGUUGAACUCUUGGUUACCCAGAUUUCUCGGACUUUCAAAGAAAACCGAGCCAGACUCUACACCGAACGAGCGGACGUCGCUUCUUCCACCGUCACAAGAUGAGGAAUGGGCCACUAGUGAUUCCCUAGAACUCGAAGACGCAUCGAAAACAAGGCUCCGAUUACUGCUCCAAGAGUUCUGGAUCCUCCUGAAGGGAUCGCUGCCAGUGGUCAUCGCAUACGCGUUGCAAAACUCGUUGCAGACAGUGUCCGUCCUGAUCGUCGGACGUCUGUCGCCAGAAGCUUUGGCUACAGCUGCGUUCUCGUACAUGUUCGCCAUGGCUACUGGAUGGCUUGUCGCUCUUGGAGGCACCACAGCAAUCGACACCCUCGCCUCGGCAUCAUUCACAGGAAGUAAGCAUCGUCAUGAUCUCGGCAUCAUCCUACAGCGGUCCUUCGUUGUCCUUUUGGCUUUCUAUAUUCCAAUCGCCAUCCUGUGGUUAUGCUCCGAGCCGUUAUUCAAAACUCUUGGCCAGGAAGCCUACAUUGCGCGGGACUCGGCAAGAUUUUUAUCAGUCCUGGUUCCCGGUGGCGUUGGCUAUAUCUACUUCGAAGCACUGAAAAAGUACUUGCAGGCGCAAGGAAUAAUGAAACCUGGCACAUAUGUGCUACUGAUCACGUCACCCCUCAGCGCUGGGCUCAACUACCUCUUUGUCUAUACGUUCAGAAUGGGGCUUCUUGGAGCGCCCCUUGCCACUGGCAUCGCUUACUGGGCGUCAUUCCUUCUUCUCCUGGCCUACGCACGUUUUAUCGACGGUUGGGAGUGUUGGGGUGGUUGGGACCGGAAAUGUCUUCAAAAUAUGGGAACAUUUUCACGCCUGGCUUUUCUCGGUGUUAUACACGUUGGCACGGAGUGGUGGGCAUUUGAAAUUGUCGCCCUUGUAGCAGGCAAGCUCGGAACGAUUCCACUGGCCGCGCAGAGUGUCAUCAUGACUACGGACCAGGUCAUGAAUACAAUCCCAUUCGGUGUCGGCGUUGCCACAUCUUCACGCGUAGGAAACCUCCUCGGCUCGCGCAAUGCGAGAGGUGCAGCCAGGGCAGCAAACACGGCAGCGGUCCUGAGUAUAGUUUUGGGUGUGCUAGUCUUGGCUGUCUUGAUGGGAGUAAAAGACUUCUAUGCAAAGAUCUUCAACGAUGAUGUUGAGGUAGUCAAGUUGACUGCGCAGGUCAUGCCCUAUGUCGCGCUAUUCCAGAUUGCGGACGGGCUGAAUGGAAGCUGUGGUGGCGCGCUCAGAGGAAUGGGACGACAACACAUCGGAGCCACGGUGAACGUUGUGAGUUAUUACUGUGGAGCUCUACCAUUGGGAAUCUGGCUGGCAUUCCACGGCUGGGGUCUUGGAGGUCUAUGGGUAGGACAAUGCAUUGCCCUCUAUCUGGUAGGCUUCGGCGAAUGGGCUAUCGUUGCCUGGAGCAAUUGGGACAAUCAGGUCGAAAAAGCCUUUGCGCGAAUGGAUUCAGAUGACAGAGCAGAGCUCGGGGGUCCCGCGGAAGGCGGACUUCCCAAUGAAGCAAGUAGAUAG